AGGUUGAGCGACUGUUUUUUAGUGUCAUAGCAGACCUAGGUAUUUUAGCUAGAGUGUGAAAAAUUACUGCCAGUGGAUAAGCUGCCUGCUACGAAAUGUUGAGAUCAUUACUUUUAUUUGCGACGAUUAUCACCGUUGGAGUUUUCGCACUUCAAGAUGGACAAAAAUGCGAACCGGGAACCGACUUUAUGGUAGACUGCAACAUGUGUAGAUGCUCUGCGGAUGGAAAGAUAAUGUCAUGUACCAGAAAGUUUUGUGUAGAAGAGGGACAAGGGGAUGAUCCAAAAGCGCAACUGGCUGCGACUACUAACAGUGAUGUCGGUGAAAAAGAAGAAGAACAUCUGCAAACCAAUGGUCAGGUGUGUACACCCAACGAGGUGAAGAUGGAGGAUUGUAAUCGCUGCAAAUGUGCUGCUAACGGAAUUGGUUGGUUCUGCACUCGGAAAGCUUGCAAGCCCAGAGAUAAGCGAGAUGUCAUUCAAGAAACUUUUGCUCGACUAAAACGAGCUGUUGAGAAAAAAUGUGUUCCUGGAACCUCCUUCAAGAGUGCCGACGGAUGUAAUGAUUGUUUUUGCACAGAAACAGGAAUCGCUGCCUGCACAUUGAGGUUCUGCUUUUCUAACGUCGAGCAAGGUGUUUCGCCCAACAAAUUCAAGCGAUCGUCGGAUGACGAUAUUCCUCGGUCUUUAAUUCAACCAGGCGCAUCAGGAUUCUCAUGCGCACCAUACUCGAAUUUCAAAUAUCAGUGCAACAUGUGUCAUUGUGAUGGAACAGGAAAGUUAGCUGGUUGCACGUAUAAAUUAUGCUUGCCAGACGAAUACUGAUUUUCCGCAUCUUUUAAUAUAUGAAGAUUAUUAUAUUUUUGCUGUUUUGUACUGAUAGAUCGAAAUAAAUUUAUCGUUUUGACCAUUAA